AGAUCUUUUUGCUCGGCGCUUCCUGUUGUUUUAAGUAGGUUUGGUUUCUAAGCUCAAAAGUCUUGAGCUCCACCGCAGGAAUACCAACCCUCAAGACUGAAAUAUGGCUGAAUGCUUGUCAUCAAAGCCUUCAAGAACUUUGCUUGACCCCAUCCUGACCCUACAUGCUGGAAUUAUCCAGUCGAGUCAUGUAGUUAUUUCUUAUUAACACAACCACAAUAACCACCGCUGUGGCCCGACAGGUGAGGUCAGCCUAAAUCACGGCUGAGCUCUCUCUUCCUCAAGUUGUGGUAGGAUGCCCUGGUUCUCCCAACAACAACACUUUGCAUGCCCAUUUCCAUAUAUUCCAUCCACACUGGGUGGGGUGCGUCGACGGAGUGGUUGAGAUUUAGAUUUGCUCAGUCGCUCGACUCCAAUCAUUUGCGAACGGUCACAGCCCCGACCUCAACCUGGCAGGACUUUGUCUCCGUCGCCCAUAGCAGAAGACGAAGGAGAUGGCGAUAAAGGUAGAUUUUGUUGCUUUCCCAAGGAUCCGCUGGACGAUGUUGAGACUUGGAGUGAAUCCGUGGAUAAAGUCCUCGGUUGCAAAGCCGGACAGAUAGCGUUCCGGGAGUUCCUGAAGUCGGAGUACAGCGAGGAGAACAUCCUGUUUUGGCUCGCCUGCGAGGACUACAAGAAAAUCAAGACGGUCCCGGAGAUGAUCUCGUCCGCCAACAGGAUCUACUCUGAGUUUGUCCACCCGGAAGCACCCAGACAGAUCAACAUCGACUGCACUACCAGAGAAAACAUCACAAAGAACAUCUCCAAGCCGACUCUGACGUCUUUCGACACGGCGCAGAAGCUCGUCUACAGCCUGAUGGCCAGGGAUUGCUACCCGCGCUUCCUAAAAUCUGACAUCUAUCAGGGACUCCUGAGGAAAGCCGACUCCAGGUGA